UGUACAGACCUGCUAUUUCUUUUCCCCAUCUUAUACGGUAAAAUAAUGAAUUGUCAGGAAAGACAAAGAAUAACAUCCGCUGCUGAGGGUAUGGCAGAAUUGAUGUCUAUGGACUCAUCUGAAGUAUCCAACACAAGAGAUGAGCAGGAAGAGGAGAUUAUGUAUCAGCCAUUGAAAGUAUAUUUGAGAGUGCGGCCCUUUUCUAAGGCAGAGCUUGAAAACAAUGAAAACCAGGACUGUUUGAUUAUUGAAAAUCAAGAAACAGUGACUCUUCACGCACCUAAAUACUCUACUGCUAUGAAGAACAGUGAAAAGGGAAUUGGACAAUCAGCGCAUCAGUUCACCUUUACACAGGUUUUUGGACCAGAGACUUCUCAAAGUGAAUUUUUUGAAGGAACAAUGAAAGACAUAGUAAAAACUUAUAUCAACGGAGUGAAUGGACUUGUGUUUACCUAUGGUGUGACUAACGCAGGCAAAAGUUUCACUGUUCAAGGUAUCCAAUUAUUCUUCAUGGGGUCAAAUAGAAAAGAUCUAACAAUGGCAUAUAUUGAAAAGAGGCUCAUUGUUUCUGCAGGCUGCUCAAAAGAUGGUGGUAUCCUUCCCCGCUCUCUUGAUCUCAUAUUUAACCAUGUAAGGGGAAGACAGUAUCCAAAGAUGAACUUAAAACCAUGCUUCAGCAAUCUUACCAAGAGGCUAAAUGAUAUGCAGGUUAAGCAAGAAGAAUCCAUCAAAGCUGCCCUUCUUGCUUCUCUGAAAGAGGAUACUGAAAAUACUUCAAAGUCUAUCAGAACUUCAAGUGCAUCAGGCUCAACUUCUAGUAGCUGUAGCUCACCAAGUUUUGUUUUGAAUGAAUCAGAUUCUGAGGUUUAUAGCAAGUGCCCCAGGACCCUGGCAUCUGUAUGGGUUUCUUUCUUUGAAAUCUACAAUGAGUACAUCUAUGACCUGCUGGAUUUAGUGCCUGCAUCGAAAAACCAGAAGCGCAAAGUUUUAAGGAUAUGCGAAGAUCAGGGAGGAAACUCUUAUGUAAAAGACUUAAAGUGGAUCAGUAUAAAGAGUACAGAUGAGGCUUGCAAAAUUCUUAAAGUAGGAAAUAAGAACAGAAGUUUGGCAUGCACCAGGAUGAACCAACAAUCAAGCAGAAGUCACAGUAUAUUUUCUAUUCGACUGCUCAGCUUGAGUGAUGAGAGUGUGCCACGAGUUCUUGGAGUCUCUGAACUCUCUCUCUGUGACUUGGCUGGAUCAGAACGAUGCCAUAAAGCACAAACGUUUGGAGACAGACUGAAAGAAGCAGGCAAUAUUAAUAAUUCUCUUCUUAUUCUUGGAAAAUGCAUUGCAGCUCUAAAGCAAAAUCAAAACCCUAAAUUAAGGCCAGCAUACAUUCCCUUCAGAGAGAGUAAGCUGACCCGCCUGUUCCAGCCAUUCUUCUGUGGUAAAGGCAAAGCUUGCAUGAUUGUCAAUAUUAACCAGUGUGCUUCUACCUAUGAUGAGACAUUGCAUGUAAUGAAGUUUUCUGCUGUAGCAAAGCAAGUUAUUCAAACAUUCGAACACAAAAUUUUUGAUUAUUUUCCAAAAAAAUAUAUUGGAAGGGACGAUAGGCCUACAGUGCACUUUGAUGACUUAUCUGCAGAGCAGCUUCCAGAGGAUUCUUGUAUCUCCUCUGAAGAAGAGGAAAUAGAUAUAACUAUUAUGAACCAUGAGGAUCUCUUGAAAAUGACAGAGAUCUUGAAGAGCAAGCUGAUUGCAGAGAGGCAAGGCAAGCUGCUCCUUGAGGUGCAAAUACGCAAGGAGAUGGCCGAAGCAAUGUUUCAGCAACUGAUGGAAACAGAAGAAGCCUGGAGUAAACGCUUAGAAGAUCUGAAAGAAAGGUAUGAAGAACAAUUGGAGAGUAAAUUUGAAAUGUACAAGGAGGCCAUAAAGAAGCAUGCAUACAUGUGUGCAAUGGAUCAAAUUGAAGACCGCUAUGUGCCAAUAGAGGAGUUCCUUGCUGAACAAGCAAAGGUCGAGGACAGAGAAAUGAAAAUACUAGAGUUGAAAGCAAAACUUGGUAAACUCAAUACCUUGCCUUCAGAAUGUCCUAAUUUAGACUCUGCAGAAGGGAACAUUGAUCCAGAUAUUAAAUGCAAUGCUUCAGAUGCUUUGCAGGGACAAUGUGAUGAGAGAGACAAGCAAAUAAGAUCCUUGAAAUUAAAAAUAGAGAAAUUAAAUGAAAUGUUGCAAGAUGCCAAUGAACUCUGCAGACAAGCAAUGGAAGAAAAUAAUAGACUUAAGCAAGAGAUGAUGCAUAAGGAAGAAGAAGUCAAGGGUCUUCAAAACUGGGCUAAGCGUGGCAAUGAGCUUGAAGCCACAGUGUCUUUUUUACAAGAGGAGCUACGUGAAAAUAAAAAACUCCUAAGCGUAGAUUCUAAGCAUCAGAAAUCCAAGAAGGGCUUUUUUGCAAAUCUGAAAUAUACCCUAGCAGAUGUUCCUAAAACAUUCAGUGACAAAGACUCAGAAAAACCUGAGGUAUCUUCUACAAGCUCUCACAAGUGACCUCAGCAACACACAAAGUAAGAAUAAUUGGGAUCCUUCUUGGGGAGGGUUGAAUGGAGCUACUGAAUUAGUACAGGUACUGAAUUGGUGGUUAAUCGGAGAGUGCAAAAGCACUGGAGGCAAUUUCUGCUUUGAAAAUAAAAUGCUUUGCUUAACAAAAAGUUGAGUUAGCGUAUCGGCAUGGCUUAAAUGUGGCCUCAGAUGAUCUUGUUGCUGUAUAGUGCUACUAUCUGCAUCAAGAAUGCCAGAACACAUUAAACACACCAUUGCUUAUGUUUUUCUUGUACUAGGAUAGAUUUUGGAAGUUCCCUUGUUUUAAGAAAUAUAUUUAAUGUUCAGAUCACACUAUCCAUUAUCUCAGCUUCAGGCCCAUUGUACAAAUGUGUAGAAUGAAGCUACAUGAAUUCUGUGAUUGAAUUGCUUUCCUUGUAUGAAGAAAUUGGGAUGGAAAUGUGUAAAGCAGCCAUUUUAUACAUUUGCUAAUAAAAUGUUUACCAAUACUUUACAAGCAGCAGCGAAUGAACUAAACAAUUGUCUACGGAAGCAUAG